UAUCACGUUAUAAUAACAUUCAUCCGACCGACUCACCAUUUGAAAGCAUAUCACGUUUCAGAACACGCGAUCAUGUAUCACUUUGAAACGAUUCACUUUCCUCGGAUUGAAAAAAAAAGGAAUUGAUUCCAUCCAAUCUAUCAGCAGCCCCCUCCUCCUCCUCCCGUCUCCUCCGAAACCAAUUGAAGAACAGGUAGCCGUUGAAUCCCUGAUCAGUCUCUCACGUGGGAUCAUGCUGUGAAGAAAAGUUUAAGCGUCGGUGCCUCUAAUCCUCCUCACACACAGGGCGGAUAUCUGCGUGCGUAAAAGUGAAUGGUUCAGCUUAUAGAUGUUGGUUUAGCGCAACAACAGCAACGACCCCAACCAAAAUAUCUGAUGAGAUAAUUUAGAUCAGUGGGAUUGAGAAGACUUUUUUCAUCACACGACCACCUUCCAUCCAGAAUCAGGCUGGAACCUGCCCGUUCUCUCGGUCCCAGACGGAUCAGCAGGGGUAAGAUGAUCGCCACGGGUGUGUGUGGCGUGCUCGUGGUGCUGAUGCUUGUGAUCCUGAUCCCGGUCAUGGUCAACUCCGCCGGGACGCAAGCCCGCUACGAGAUGCUCGGAGCGUGUCAGAUGGUCUGCGAUGCCCAGGGGACCACCACGGCCAGGGCGAAAACCACGGCGGUCAAAGAUAACCGACUGAUUCAGUCACAGUUACCGACCUUCAUCCAAGGUCCGCCAGGACCGCCAGGAGAGCCAGGGCGCAUCGGUCGCAUGGGUCCGAGGGGCCAAAUUGGCCCACCCGGACCUAUUGGCCCCCCGGGGGAGAGAGGGGAGGCAGGACCCCCUGGGUUAGCCGGGUCAGGAGGAUACAACGGACCCACGGGGGGCAUCAGCGCAGCCACGUACAACACCGUCCCCAAGAUCGCCUUUUACGCAGCUCUGAAGAAACAACACGAAGGCUACGAAGUGCUGAAAUUUGACGACGUGGUCACGAAUCUUGGAAAUCACUACGACCCAUCCACGGGGAAGUUCACGUGUUCGAUACCGGGGAUUUAUUUCUUUGUUUACCACGUGUUGAUGCGCGGAGGAGACGGCACCAGCAUGUGGGCUGACCUGGUCAAGAACAACCGGGUGCGGGCCAGCGCCAUAGCGCAGGACGCCGACCAGAACUACGACUACGCCAGCAACAGCGCCGUGCUGCACCUGGAGCCUGGCGACGAGGUGUACGUCAAGCUGGACGGCGGCAAGGCGCACGGCGGGAACAACAACAAGUACAGCACCUACUCCGGCUUCAUGGUGUACGCCGACUGACGUGGCUAAACGGCUCCCGCGGCCAAACACACCGGGAUCACGGAUUGAUCAUUGACUAGACUUUUGACCGGAUAGUGUAAUGACUGAUGAAGAGAUGAAUGAUAAACAUGUGACUAUUCUUCUAUACCUUGGAUGUUAUCGAAUGGCAGCCUUGGCUGUGCAUAUGGGAAGGAUUUUUAGGAGUUUAGGAGUCCUGCUACAUUCGCUUUAAGUGAUAUUUUACUCUUAUGUCGAAGUGGUUUUUACCAUGGGUUUAUUGCAACUUUAUUAUGGCAUACCAUCAGUCCUUUCAUUGUCAGUGGAUUGACACGCUGAACUGACAGGCAGUGGUAAUAAAACUAAAUGUGACAAGAGAAAAUCUAAAACACACAGUUAUAUUUCACUGUUAAAAGGCAGUCAACUAAAUAGUUAAGGGUUGUUAAGAUUAGAAACUGAAGGAUGUUAUCAGCUCAAAUUGGGAAAUGGCUCCAUCCUGGGUGAAGAUGGUAGGAACAUGUAGCAAUGUGUAUGGUCAUCAUACAUGAGCCAGGGGCGAGGGUAAAGAUAGGCCUACUUCCAGGAACAGGGGUUUUUGCGCCCGAGCUGCUUUUCCUUGUGACUCAUGUCUCUGUAAUAAAGUCCUGUCUGUAUCACCCUG